CUGGACCUUCACGCGGCUCUCUUCCUCCCGACAGUGGCGGGCGACAGACCCUUGUGCGUGGAGUGGAGCAGGGCAGGCUCCGUAUCCGACCUCACGCUUUACGGCAGCACACGGACCUUCUUGGCCCCCAGACUGAUAUUGACGGCACCUUUGGGGGCCCUGGACUUCAGUGAGGUGAAUGUUGAUGACACUGUUGAAAUGUUACCAAAAUCCAGAAGAGCUCUCACCAUUCAAGAGAUUGCUGCGUUAGCGCGAUCCUCCCUGCACGGGAUUUCCCAGGUGGUGAAGGACCAUGUGACGAAGCCCACCGCCAUGGCUCAGGGCAGAGUGGCCCAUCUCAUAGAGUGGAAGGGCUGGUGUAAGCCCAUGGACACCUCGGUAGCCCUCGAGUCUGACUUCAACUCCUAUUCGGACCUCUCUGAGGGGGAGCAGGAGGCCCGGUUUGCUGCAGGUUCUGCGGGGGGCAGUGUGAAGGGCCGGCUGACCAACGCGGCGGGCAGUGGGGUGCGAUGUGUGGGUGACACCUACUACACGUCCGCUGACGUCGGUCAGUUUGAACCACAUGACAUAGUGGUGAUGGCAUACAGCCAGAACGUCGUCAUUCAGGCCCAGAAGGUUCUGGAGGAUGGAAACGUCAGUGACACGUUCACCCACAAGUCGCUGUUUCCCGAGGACAUGGACCCCCUGACCGUCAGGGCCACCCUGGACCCGGACGGCACGCUGCUGGUCAGUGUUCGACGGAGAGCAGCACUGGGGGGGCCGGAGCCUCUGGGUGAAGCUCACCUUUGA